AUGUCUGAUCUAGAAGAUGAUCCGCUCGAACUCCCAAUGUCUCUAGAGGAUGAGGAACUUGAAGAGCUUCGACACAUUCACAGUUUUAUGGAAGCUUUUGGUGAAGAAAUUCAGCGAGCCCGGCGUAAUCUCGAGGAACAUCGUGAGUUGACCGGAUUAAAUGAAGUGUUGCAACGGGAAGUCCCCGAUAUUGAACAGUUCCAGCGUGAUGUGAACACUUUUACUUACUCACUACAACGCGACAUCCGUCGUCUGGAAAACCUACAGCUAACUGCAUCACGGCUAACAAUUAGUACGCAGCAAAGCUCGGGCCAAGGUGGUGAUCAAGAUACUUAUUACUCUCGGGUGUCUAUGAUUUAUGAUCUGCCUGCGAAGGAAGUUGAUCAACAAAUGAUUGACUCUGCAAUGGAGUGCCCUAUUUGCCUCAACCCCCUGGAACUGAAUGAGAUAGUCGCUGUUCUUCAUUGUGAACACAUGUUCCAUACUGGAUGUAUUGCUCAAUGGCUCCGACGAUCGAACUCCUGCCCACUUUGCCGAGGGACUAUUAGAACUCGAGUGGAGAUUCCCGGCUCGAAUAAUGGAUUUGAUCAGUCAGAUAGUGAUGAUUCGGGCCUGCAGCCUGAGCGACAUGUACGUUGGGCAUCUAACCUAGAAGCUUGGGUGCAUGAGAGAUACCAUGGGUAA